ACAUUGAGGCCCACAAUCAAAAAUAGAUCAGAGAAUUUCCCCCCAGUGUUGCGGCUCUAUGAAGAGCAGUAAUGAGGAGGUCAAAACUUCCCCACAGGAGUUAGGUAACUGCUGCCAGGAAUGGGCCGGGCCUCGCAGUGAUGAGGCAACACAGCCCGAGGGUGUAUAAAUACCAGACUGCUCUGCGUACUCGACCAUCAGACAGCAGAGGGACUCUAAAGGGCUGACAAGGGUCACAAGAAGAUCUAAGGAAAUCCACUUGUCCAGACAGUCGCCAUCCAUCACUGGAGCAGAAGAAUUAGCUGAAGACAUAGUGGAGCUCCUCGGUGGCCUGACACCCAUGAGAAAGAAGACCUAUCAGCUCUAAUCUUCAAAGGAUUUAAUAACUAACCACUCAAAAUGAAGGCAUUCAGCAUUGCAGUUGCAGUGACACUCGUGCUCGCCUUUAUUUGCAUUCUGGAGAGCUCUGCCCUCCCAUUCAGCGAGGUGCGAGAGCUGGAGGAGGCAGGGAGCAAUGACACUCCAGUUGCGGCACAUCAAGAAAUGUCAAUGGAAUCGUGGAUGAUGCCGAAUCACAUCAGGCAGAAGCGACAGAGCCACAUCUCCAUGUGCCACUGGUGCUGCAAGUGCUGCAAGGGCUACAAGGGCUGUGGUUUCUGCUGCAGGUUCUAACGACUCCCGCAACCACACAGAAAUAUUAAUUUAUUCCGCUUUUAGUCUUAUCCUGUGAAAUGCCCAUUCCUUGUCCUCCUUCUUCAUGCAUUGCCUGUGCUACACUGUUUUAUAUCAUUUUUUUUUUUAAAGUAUGAUUCAAUGGAGAGCACUGGAAAUUUUGUAGAGCUGUUCUUUAUAUUUAUUUUUUAAUACCUUCUUUUUCUGUCGUUUUGUAACCUCAAUGAUGAAUUUAUUUGUUCCUAAAAACAAUUAA